GCACUUGUUCGAGUUCAGAAUGACAUCUUGAAAGUCAUUGACAACAACAAAUGUGUGAUUCUUCUAUUGUUAGAUUUAUCAGCUGCAUUCGAUACUGUUGAUCAUGACAUUUUGUUAAACAGAUUGCAGUCAAAUUUUGGUAUAAAGGGAAAAGCUCAAGCAUGGUUUCGGUCGUAUCUUACAGACCGCACACAUUUUGUCAAAAUAGAUGGGAACAGUUCAUCAGUUCAUCCCGUCAGUUACGGGGUGCCACAAGGGUCG